CCAAAUGAGUUGAAUGAGACAACCAAGUCAGACAGGAGAAAGUACAUACAUAUAUAUAGAUAUAUAUAUAUAUAUACAAACAAAUAUACCUUUGUAUGUAUGUGUGUGUAUGAGAAUCUGUACAACCAGCACAUUUUUACCGGAUUCUUGGUAGGAAAAACAGUUACCUAAAUCAUGAAUUUAAGCUGUUCGAAACCACCAUAAAAAUAAUUCUGGCAUUUUGUGUAAAGGAUUUUGUUUUAUUGGUCUACUGUUCAUAUUAACUAUUUUGGAUUUGUAGUGUAUCAUUAUAAAUGAUGAAUAAUACCAACAUGACAGCUACUGAACAAGUUUUCAAGCUUCGGCAGUCUUUCCAGAGUGGAAUUACCAAGCAUAUAGACUGGCGCCAAAAGCAACUGAAGGCUAUGCUAUUAAUGUUUGAGGAGAACAGAAAUCUUUUUGUAGAAGCUCUGAAAAAUGACUUGUGUAAAGACCCAUUUGAAAGUCUUUUGAUGGAAAUUGACUUCAUUUGUAAUGAAAUUAUCUACACUUUGAACAACUUUGAAUCAUGGGUAUCACCUGUAAAGGUCUCCAAAGAUUUCCUUAAUCUUGCUGAUGACUGUUUUAUCAAGAAAGAACCAUUUGGUGUGAUCUUGGUGAUUGCACCAUGGAAUUACCCAAUUCAAUUACUUUUCUCACCCUUAAUUGGAAUAUUAGCUGCAGGAAACUGUGCAAUGUUAAAACCAUCAGAAUUUGCCCCACAAACAAGUCAACUGAUAGAAACCCUUAUACCUAGAUAUAUGGACACCGAAUGUAUAUGUGUGUAUCCUGGAGGUACUGAAGAGCUCACAGACCUACUGGAUCAGAGAUUUGAUCACAUCUUCUUUGCUGGAAGUUCAAGUUUUGGUCGGGCUGUUAUGGCUGCUGCAUCAAAAUUCCUCACACCUGUUACCUUACAGCUGAGUGGCAAAUGCCCUGUUUAUGUGGAUGAAAACUGUAACUUGGAAGUUGUGGCACAAAGGAUCAUUUGGGGAAAACUUAUCAAUGUUGGACAAAACUGUGUUGCUCCAGACUAUGUCAUAUGUAACUUUGAGAUCCAGGACCUUUUGUUUGAAAGAAUGCAAAUGGCAAUUCAAAAAUUUUAUGGUAAUGAAAUCAAUGGCUCAGAGUUUUAUGGGAAAAUUGUCAAUGAACAACAAUAUCAACGGCUCAAAAACCUUCUGAUGCGUCAGCAACCAACUUAUGGAGGCCAGGUUGAUGAUAUGCAGCAGCUUAUAACACCAGGAUUAAUUAUAAAUGCAAAGCCAGGAGAUCCAUUUAUGGAAGAAGAGAUCUUUGGUCCAAUACUUCCAAUUGUGCCAGUGAGAAGUGCUGAUGAAGCAAUUGAUCUCAUCACCAGUUAUGAGAAGCCACUUGCUUUAUAUUUAUUCAGUAAAGAUAAACGGUUAAUACAGCAGUUUCUGACAGAAACUUCUAGUGGAGGUGUGUGCAUCAAUGACACUGUGGUUCACACAGCACUUAACACUCUUCCAUUUGGGGGAGUUGGCAACAGUGGUAUGGGUUACUACCAUGGAAAAUUCUCCUUUGAUAACUUCAGUCACCAUAAAUCAGUCAUGUGGAAAUCUAUGGCCCUUGAAUCAGUUAACUCAAUUCGUUAUCCUCCAUAUAAUGAGAGAAACUAUCGGAGGUUGCAGUGGGUGCUCAGGAAAUCUCUCAAAAGAGGACAUUGAUCAUUAACAAGAACAGAAGCAUAAAUUCAAGAGGAUCUAUGUUAAGAAUGAAAUUUAAUUUUUCAAUGUUUAAUAAUCCCUUUAAUUUAUUAAUUUGUUUUAUUUAAUUUCAAAUCCCUAUUGAGAGAUUAUUAUAAGCUUCCUUCUAUCAAUUAUUUUUAUAUACAUGUAGUCCAAGAAAAAUGUUUAGGGUUUUUCUAGGCUCUUGUUGACAGAGACACAAGAACAAAGUCGGACGAAAUGCCAUUAGGCAAACAGUUCUGCUAACAAGUGAUUGAUGUUGAAUUUGGAUAUUCUUUUUAUUAAUUUGUAUCUUACUAGUCAAUUGCAAUACCAUUUCUACCAACUUUCGAAUAUAAAUCCUUGCAUAUCAAAUUCUUAUAGAACAGAACAAAAAUAGUAUUAAAAUUAGAUCCAGGAUGUUUUAUACAGAAUGAUCAUAAGAGAUUGUCACAAGAAAAGGGUUAAAAUAUAUAGUUUGGGUGGAUUAAGGUGCUUGAUACCAAAAAUAAAAGCUUCAGGCCUUAUCAAAGACACUAUCUUAUAAAUCUGGAUAAAGUAUCUUGGUUCAUUUCAGUUAGAAAAGAGAUAGGAUUACCUUGUGAAAUACAAAAGAAACUAAAAAGUAUCUAUAAAAUACCUUGUUACUAUAUUUUUCUCGUGUAAUUCUUAUCAACAACAAGGGUAAUAUUCAAGGUGUGCUACUAACACGUCUCUACAUUAUUUUUAUCUGGUUCAUAUUUUUUAUAUUUUUAUAAAGUAUAUUUCAAAAUUAUUUGUAAGUUGCUGAAAGCCAAAAGGAAGAGUCAACAAUUUGUGUUUCAUCACUAGAGUCAUGUGUCCAUUGACAAGACAUAACUUUUGUUGGUCUCCUCCAUCUUAAUGGUUGAGGUGUACUUUUCUACUAACCAAAUAUCAUGGGCAGAAAUUAAGGAGACACAUCCCUAAAUCAAUACAUUUAAUUAGUUUGAGAAAUAUUCAAGCUAGUGAAUCUAUUUAAUCACACUUGUAGGAGAAAAAUCAAUAUCGGUUAAUUACUUGACUAUCAUUUCAAUGUAUACUUUUAUUUUAUAAAACAAUGUAAAAGAUUAUCUUACAAUAAUGUUCAACACACCAUGAUUUAUCACCAGUAGCACAUCUCUGGUUAAACAUACCACCAAAUAAAGAUGAAGCAAAAUGAUAAGGAAAAGGUUAAAAUUAUACUGAAAAAUUUCUCAUUUCAAAUGGUAGACAUGAUAACUUGCAUAAAAGAAUUUCCAUAUUUUGUUUCACUUAGGCAUAGCAAUAUUAAUUAACCUGUUUUUAGGACUCAAUAUACUUAUGCUUCAGAAUAGAGUAUUUGGCAAGUGCAGGGUGUAAUAUGAAAUUAAUGAAAUGACAAAAGAACAGGAAUUACAUAAUCAACUUCAUUAGCUUACAACUGUUUCUGCUAUAAUAAGCAGUACACUCAGAGCUGAGUAAUUGUACUUCAUCUUAUAGUAGAAACAGUUGAAAGCUAAUGAAGCUCAUUAUGUAAUUCCUGUACUCUUAUCAUUCCAUUAAUGCUUUAUAUAUAUAUAUAUAUAUAUAUAUAUAUAUAUAUAUAUUUGCCAACUAAAUGUAGUGGUCCUAUAGAGGACGGUGUUACUGUUGUUGAUAUAUAUAUAUAUAUAUAUAUAUAUAUUGUACAUGUUAAAUAGUUAAUAAUCCACGAAUUCAUUACUGAAAGCUUGCACAUACACAAAAUGUGGGGUAGGGUGCACAUGUAAAAUUGUAAGUAAUGUAUCUGUGAAUUAUUUGAUGAUUACUUAAUUAUAAACUCUUCAUGAUAUAUUGAGUGGCCUUUUCUUUCGUUAGUAUAUAUGAACAUACAUACGCGCACACACACUUACAUACAUACAUAUAGAAGUAGUAAGGGUAAAUAAACACAGUUAGACUUGAGACACAUAUGUAUAUGUCCCAAGCCUUACUACUACCAUAGCAGCUCAAUUUAGCCACUUUUGAAGCCCUGAGCUAGGCUCUUGAUGAGGAAUUUGGAAUUUAAGUUCACAUUUAUUUGAGCAUUAUUCUGUGCUACUUAUACUUUGCUCUCACUCACUCUAUAAGUGUGUGUGUGCAUAUAUAUACAUACACACACAUAUAUAUAUAUAUUUCAAAUAUUACAGUAGCAUUUCAGUACAAAUUUUACCAAAAGGCACAGUAGAAGAGUCUAAAGGAUAAUAUAAGAAAAUAUAGUGUAGGAAGUGGAAUGACAACUGCUGUAUACAUAUAAAAAUAAAUAAUUUUUUCCUAGACAUAAUUAUAUGAGCUCAAAUCCACCACAGGAGUUUUGUUGUGUUUCUACAUCACAUCACUUUUCCUGACUGUUAGAAAUAGAUUUUCUAUGAAAAGGUCAAUGACAUCAAUGGAGCUGAUCACCCAUUGAAAGAUACUUCUGAUGACAAAAGGUCAAGUGAUUAACUCAAUUUAUUCAGGCCAAAUAAAAAAACACUUAUCAUUUUUAAAUGUGCACAGUGAAUAGAUAAGAUCUAGAAAUAAAACAUAAUAAAAAGACAGGACUGCCAAGUGCUCACUUCUCUUUUUAUUUUGCACUAUAUUCAAAAUCAACAUAUAUUAAUGUAUUCCUUGAUUAAUUUCAGCUUUAAUAAUUAAUUAACUAUAUAUAUAGUUCAAUACAUCCAUCGAUAUUUUAAUAUAAAAUAAUUGUAGAUUAGCCUUCAUUAAUUUCCUUUUAAUGUUCAAUAGAACCAUUAAAUUACAAAGAAAUACAUUAGCAAAACUAGCAAUUUUUAUACUUGUUUUCUAAUUGUUACUAAAAUAUAUGUAAAAUAAAAUAAUAGAAUAAUAAUUUCAA